UUUGUACAGUUCGACGUCAGUUCGGUUGAGGAAGGCUUGUUGUAGUCCUGUGAUCUUCUCCAAGUCUUUGGACGAAGGAAGGAUUAUCACAAUGUAUAGAAAGACACGAAGAAAAUGUAUUUCAACACCAAGAAAGUGUUUCGACCGGUAAAAUUGCGAUUUUAGAGGAUUCGGUAUCAACCAAUCUACAAAAAAAGGGGGAAAAUGGGAAUCAAAAGAAAACUAGAUGAAUAUGAUGAAGGUGGUGAGAAAAAUAUUGAGCCUGGCAUUCAGCGACAGUCAGUUUUGGACAUCUCGAUGUUCAAGCUUCAAACCCACCCAGCUAGAAGAGUAGAACCAUCAUUACUACGAUCAGUCUUAAUUCUUAACACCCUGAAACACAUAGAAUGUGAACUUCAGAAAGAAGGGGUUUCAAGCGAUUUUUCUGAAGCUGCCUCAAUGACACUAAAUGAAAACUCUGACAUGUCAAUGGAUGUAUUGCCGGACUGUGAAAAUAUCGGAAAUGGUGACAUCCAGUCUGAUCUGUCGGAGCUCCACAUCAGCAGCAGCAUGGAGACUACAAGUCAAUCUAUUCCAAAGGACACUGUGAACCCACUCCCACCCAUCGAGUCAUUUGUUGAACUAUCUAGUGCUUUUCCUCUAUCAAAUGGAUCAUUAUCUUGUGGACCUAUGAAAGUCAAAAACUCUUGUCAUGAUUCCAAAGAACAAUUUACAAACUCUGAACAACACAUGCAGUUGAAUUUCCCAGUGAAAACUGAAGAUAUCUUGACUGAUAUAGAUGUAUCAACAUGUGAUUUUGACAUUUUCUCAUCACUCGCCUCCAGUAUGAAAUUAACACCGCUAAGUGCAGAAGAAGUUAUGCAUUCAUUUCCUGUGCAUGAUGGCUACUCAACGCUAUUCAGCAAUUGUAGUCAAGUGGGUGCAUCGUGUAAGAGCGACCUAAUGCCAGAAGAUAUUGACAAUAUAAUGCAAAUAUUAGUUGGUACCUAGUAGACUUUAUAACAUAACGAAUCUGUUCAUAAUCAUAUUUUUCACAGACUAUACACCAUAAAGCUGUGAAGUUAAAGGGAGGUGCAGGGAUAAGGUUGUGAUCCUAAGAUGAAGCACCGCAGCCAUAAUGUGUGCAAUUCUGUAUAACUAUUUAUAAGUAUGUUGUCCAAAUCUUGCACAAAAGACAAUUGAUAUAAAUUAUUAUUGAUGUGUUGUUUAGUGAUAUAAGUUGUCAGUAUACAAUGUAUUUAUAUUUAUUUCUCAAAACGCAAAUAUUACAAUUGUCAUUAUUUAUGAAUGAAAUCAAGAUUAUUUAUAUUAAUUAUGGUUGGUUUGCUGUAUUGGCAACAUGCUGUAUCAUUUGUUGUUUUAACUUCUGUUUUAUAAUGAAAUCUGUUUCUCAGACUUGAAACUGUAUAAUUGUAUAUUGUAAUUUGUUAUAAACUUUUUUAUGAUCGGUAAUUUAAUGCAAACUUGUUCUAGUGACCAUUUUAAUAUCACCAUGACCUGCUGUAUAAAGUUUGAAAAAUGUCCUGAAGAAUCUUUGGGUUUAAUUACAUCAGGCAUAUGAAUUGUAAUUUUGCUUCCACAAAUUGUGCAAACAUUUUCACCACAGACAAUGAGUAGAUUUGAAAUAAUUUUCAUAGCUUGAAAGGUAGAAAAAAUUAUCAAAAAUGUCAAAUGCUGUGGUUCAUUCUGUCUCAUUUGAUAAGCAUACAUUGAAUAUGUUUGUGAUAGAUAAAUAUAAGCAUUAUUAUAAUAAAGUGUGUAUUCUCUUUUAUUGUAAAACCAAAUUUGGGGAACUUUAACAACUGAAUUAUAAAUUAUUGGCUUAACAUCCCAUAAAAUAUUUUUUCUGUCUUCGUCCUUUAUAUAAAAUCACAAUUUCCGGGAGAUUUUUCUGAUAAGUUAUAAUACAGAGGUAUACAGUAUUAUGCAAACUUCUGAUGUAUAAAUCAAUAUUGAAGAGCUGUAUGUCUAAUGUUACAGCUAAUAUGUGUAUUGUCUGGUCACUGUACAUCAAAAGCCAUUGCCAACUUAUAUGUGAAUUCAACCCGGUCAUUUCUUGAAAAAUGCAGCAUCCCAAGAAAUACUUGCAUUUGUGACAAUUUCCAUCCAAAUUACCUAAUUCACUUUCCAUUUGUGUCACCACAUUCAUAUAUGAAAAAUUCAUCCAUCCAAAAAUUUAUAAUGAAUAUAUGCUGCUCGAAUUCCUUUCCUGAUCUGCAAUUUUUGUUUCAUAUCAGUUUGAAAUUGCUAUCCUUUGUGACGACAAAAAGUGUAUAAAGGUCUAAAGACCAAUGAUCAUGAGAAGUCUUCAAAAUUUACUGAUGGUUUUAGCUAUUAGGCUUGGCCAGUAAAAUAAAGGAUGCAGGCAAUUUCCAAUUGUUAGGUACUUAUUAUAUAACAAACUUAUGAAAUUGUAUGGCAAAAUUAUAUGGUUGUUCUAUAUUUAAUGAAUAAGUGAAGAUAUAUAUAUUAUGCAUCAUUCAGGUUGAGUGUGAUUUUGGAUGGUUUGUAUUUUUAUAUUGGAUAUUAUAUCCUUUACCAAAAUCAUCAUGUCAUUGUAAUUUGAAUUGUUUUUUAUUUUAUGUGAAGAAUCUCUCAAUUCCACAUAUAUAUAUAAAGGCUUUAGAACAUUUUAUGUCUCAUGAAGAAAGAUGCCAUUUUGUAAAGCUAGAACUUCUUGUAAUGGCUUCAUGAAAUGGAAUCUCAAUUCUAUCAAGUGUUUUGGCUCAGUACAAAACAAGACUAGUCAGAAGAUUUGGCAUUUGAUAAUUUAUUUCUUUUGUGAUGAAUUUUUUUUUCAAGAUGCUUUCAUGAUCAAGGCCAGGAACAUUCGACUCAACAUUUAACUUAUUCAGUUUGUUUCAUUAAAAAAUGUCUUAAGUUAUUAAGCACUACUACUGUCAUCAAAUAUAUAUAUAUAAUUAAUAUAUGCUUUGUUUUCUUAGAAAACAUGAAAUUAAAAAAAGAAAAAUCAGUGAAUCUUUUUUUGAGUUCCGAUCCAUAUAUUAUGAUGUACAAUUAAUUUUAGCACUCAUUACAGGGUUUGUUAAAAACUUAGGAGAAUGAAGUUUAAAAACAUCCAUUGAACUAGCUGAAGCUGUGGGGAAAUAUAACAUGUCAAGGGAGACAAUCUCCGGACCGGGUUAUGUUAUCAAAGGAUAUGUUAUUUAAAUACUGUCAAUAAACUCUUAACCUUGGUGGUUAAUCUUUGAUUAAAAAAAGAAACAUCAUGAAGGAAUGCAAUGUUUAUCUGUCCAUAUGAUACCUACUGGUAUAUGGCAUUAAGUCAGACUUAAAUAAUUUUAUAAUGGUUACAGUCUGCAUCACAAGUCCCAGGUGAUAGGCAGUGCAGUCAUUAAGUUGGAAGUGAAUCAGAAGUUUAAAGAUUAACAAAAGGAAGGAUGUUUUUCCCAAGAGAUUUUAUUCAAGCAGAUUAAGCCAAAGUUACAAAAACCUUUCCCUACCCACAUUCCAAAUGGUCACAUUUCCUCUGUUACUUAUUGUUAAUGCUCUAGGUCAGUAGAUAUUUUAAUGCUAACCGUGCAUCACUCAUAGUGGUUAGGUUACAGUCAUUCUAUCUAAGGGGAUAAAAGCAUGGUUUUGUUUACACACAUGCAGCAUGUUGUCACACUACUCCUAAUGCAAAUAGAAAUAUAUCUUAAAAUUGAGGUGUUUUCAUGAAUAAACCGAAACAAAGUGAUUUCUUGUGUAUAUUCAAAACUGGCUUGUGUGACAGCUGGCUACAGAUAAUAAAAGGCAAACGUCAAAAGUAUGAUCUACAAGAAUGUUGCACAUCACAAAAUUGUUUUAAAUUAUUGGAGAUGAAAAUACAUGGAUAUCAUAUUGUCACUUGUUGUAGAAUUCAGUACAAUUUAUGUCAUGAUUUUAUAAGAUUUGAAACCAUAUCAUGUUUUCUGUUGAUAUAAUUUAAAUCAUGCUCAUCAUUGUUUUUUUUUUUAAACAAAUCAAGCAUUUCAUUUGUUGUAUUUGAGCCAAAUCACAAUUCAUGAUUUUACAAUAUGCAAUAUCUAAUUUAUUGUAAUAUUUACAUAUAUAAUGUAAAUAUUCAUAUUAUUUAUUUUGUACAAAGUGCAGAUUUAUCCAAUUAUGAUCCCCUUGUCAUUUUUAUAUAGGAUACAAUUGUGGAUAACGCUAGGCAAAGUAGAAAGCUGUUUUGCUCUUCCUUAUGUAGUGUUAAACAGUAGAGAUCAAUUUUAGCACAAACAAUGAAAGGUAUUUUUACAGGAUUUCCUAAAUGAUGGAAUAAUGUACUUCAAAUGUUAAAUGGUCUCAAAUUUUAAAGUUUUCAUAUGUUGAAAAGUUACAAUAUGCUGUCGAAGUGAUUCAUCAAACAAGUUGUUGAAGGUAUUGUAGAGUUUAUGAAUCAUUUUAUUACAUGUGUAAAAAUAAAACAGCAUUUGUAGUGUCUCAAAAAUGGAUUUUGAGAAAUUAACUUGUGAUGAAUUAAUUGAAACUUAAGAGAUUUGAAAACCACAUGCAUACUCUAAAGUUGUAAUCAAAAUGUCUUUGAAAUUGUGUAGAAAGUUCAAAGUUUGGAGUGAAAUAUAUGUAUGACAGUAAUGUGUUGGGACGUCUUCCUAAAUCUUGCAUCUCUCUGGUUGAAACAAGAAUUUAUACUCUUUAUUAACAAAGCAAAUUUAAUACAAUAUACAUGUUGUUUUUUUUAAGUCUUGCAGAACAAAAUUAUUUCAAGCCCAAUCUAUGAAAAAGAUGAGAUACUUUAAUAUCUCCACUUUCAAUUUAUUCUCUGUUAAAUUCUGUAACUUCGGAAUUAUACAUUUCUUCUGACCCUCAAAAAUGGCUAAAUGUUUGAAAGAUCUGUUUCCAGAGAGAUGGGAUAGUGUUUGUGUUCUGGGGUGACCAUAUCGGUGGUUGUUCCCCUGAGCUAUGAUUACAAAAUGUGAUAGAAGCAACUGUGAACCUUCUGAAUGCAAUAUGUACAUAUUUUUUUUUACAUCAAAAGCAUUGUUGUUCAUUUCAGAUGAUCUUUUUUUAGGGGGGGUAUUUGAUUAAGUAUAUCUUGAUUAUUUUUCAUACGCCCAUAUUUGACCGCUGAUCAAAAUAGCUGUAUUAGCAUUGAAGUUGCAAUUUUUUAAAUUGAUGAUAAAGAGUAAUUGAUUUGACAUCUGAAAAGGAAAGCAAUGCUUUUGAUAUUUUCACCUAUAAUGAUUUUUUGUAGAAAUGUAUGUAGAUGUAGAGAAAUUUGAAUUUUACAUAAUAUUGAAACUAUAUAUAUAGACUAUAGAAGAUUUAUUGAUGUUGCGUUUGAGGCUAUUUUAUUUGUCAAAAAACCCAUUGUACAUGAAAUAAGUUUGUUUUAGGAUUCCCAGAAACCAUUUGCAUAGCCUACCAGCUAGUUAAAUCUCUUCAGGAAGAACACAUACCCUUUGAUCAGGUGAACAUUUUGUCGGCCUGCAGGUUUUCAACUGGCUUCAAAUUAUAGGAACCGAGUCUUUGACGCAACAGGGUUGUGUACUGCUUGUGCAAUAACGGGGCUGGGUGGGACAUGACCAGUCAACUAACUGGCCUUUUACCACAACGAUGUGCCAUAACUGUCUCCUUCCAUGCAUCCGAUUCUUUACUGCUCACCUUAAUUGUAAAAGUACACAUUUAUACAGGGUAGACAUUCAGUAAAAUGCAUUCAACAUAAAAUGAAUAGUAUUUACUGAUAUUAGUCCGAGUUUCAGGGCUAAUGUGUUUUCACUUUUGUGCUAAUAGGUGUUUUCAGGGCACUAGCCUACAUGUGAUAAUCUGACUGUUUUGUACACUAUUGCUCAAUCUUAAAGCCAGUUGUAAGCCUGUGAGGCGUCAAUGUUACCAGGAUCCAGUCCCAGCCGACUUUGUUAGCUCUUUGACACAUAAGUAUUUCUAUAAUUCAUAACAUUCAAAAGUUAUUGACAGUUCAUAGCGAAAAAAAAAGUAGUAAAUUAUGACCAUCUUGGACCUUUUUCAGAUCUUCCUUUUGAGAUUGGGUGAGUGGGAAGGGAUGGUGUGUCAAUAAGCUAACGGAACUCUGUAACUGGUUCUAUUUUGUCUGAUCAGAAAUCAUGAUACUACUGGCCUACAUAACAUUGAGUAUAAAUAUGACCUUUGUGCCCUUUCUGCCAAAGUGACCUUUCAGGUAUCGGCAGUGAUAUUUUGAUGUGUACAUGUUCGACACUGGUAAAAUAAUGUCUUGCAUGAAUAUAUAUAUAUAAAUAAUAUAUAAUUGUACAUAUAUGUUUUAAACUUCAUACAGCUGCAUACAGAAUUGAAAUGGGAUCAAUUUGUUACAAAUGAAACGUUAAGAAAAUUAGGUUUUUUGUGUGAUUUUUCAAAUGACUAUUUUUGUAAAUUGUACACAACAAUGCUAUUGAUGAUGACUUGUGAAUAUAAUGAGGCGAUAUUUUGGCGACCAUAACACUGAGGUUAUAAAAAUAUCUACACAACGCAACACUUGAAUGCUCAGCGUGUUCAGUAAACCUAAGUAGGAUGAGACCCUGUACUGCAUUAUAGUCCUUGAAGUCUGUUUUACCAUGUGAAGAUUCUGCAAAUUUGAGAUGAUUUAAGAUGAUAUACCGAAAUACUGGCCGGAUUCAAACUUGAGCUUUAUGAGUAAUUUGUUGAAUGUACUUCAAAGGAUGUGUAGGCUUAUACAGAAUCUUAUUCUAUGUAGGUUUUCUUUCCCAACAAGUGCUACUUAAAAGUAUAGGCCUCGUGAGUAAUGGUUUGGUUUGUUGAACUACCUUUGAUGAAAUAUUUAAUAUAACAAGGACUAAUUUUUGCUACUUGAAUUAUUGAUACAGUGCUUGGCCUCUUGUGGGCAGCCAAUCAAAAUUGGGUAUAUAUUAGGGUCUUCCUGUAAGAUAAUUUUAGUAAAAAGUGAAUUCAUAAUGGCAAAUUGCAACAAAGAUUUUAACUUUUCAGUACAAAUGAUACUUCAAUAACAAAUGAUGGUUAAAGUAGGGAGAAAGAAAGAUUUGAAUAUGAAUUGUUCUGUUAUGAAAUUUUUCUUUCAAAGUACUGUCUCAAGAAAUAGAAAUAAAUAAAAAAGAAUACAUGAUAACAUUGGCUGCUCCAAGCUUGGCAUCCCAUCAGGGAUUUGUUGGUAGAAUCUAUGCAGUCAUAGUUGAUUAUGUAUGUACCAAUAUAAGUCAGGAAGAUGUUUUCAGUUUUUGAUGGUCUAUAUAUUUUGUGCAUUAAAACGGCUGUUGCAAUGAUGAACAGCACUUUUCCAUUUUAGAUUGUUGCUACAAAAAUGAACAAUUGAUAUUUUUAGAAAAAAAUAUAUCGCGUUAAAUGUAUUCUCCAAUCGACUGCAAGUGUCAAUCUUAUUUGUCAGGCAAAAUUGCCUUUAACCUUGCCACUACAAAAGCUCUCGAGUGACUCUGAUGAAAUCAUAUGUCAUAAUAACAAUCUUCUAUAGUUGUGUCAAGGUGAAACCAUUCAUUUGAAUAGAGAAUCAUACAUUUGUAUGUUUACAGAGUGAGCACAAUAUGUGGAGUCAUGAACAUUUACCAUUGUGGACUUUGUACAGUUGCUAUACUUUAAUAAACAUUUUUAUAAAUGA